ACACACACACACACACACACACACACACACACACACACACACACACACACACACACACCUGUACCUUCUUUGUAAUGACAAUAAAGGACGUUCUGAUUCUGAUUCUGAUGAACUUCACAAUAAAUCACAUACAGUAGGUGGCGGUAAAGCACCUGAAAGCUGAGUGCCAGCUGCCAAAAACUAGAAAGAAGAAGAAGCAGUGCCACAGUAAUAUCUCUGACAGCUGCUGGGUUUGUGGAGGUGUGCGUACCGGUGAAAUUAGGUAUAUGGACGCCAUGGAGGACAAAGCACAGAUACAAGAAGCGAUCAAAACACAAGGUGAAGUCGUCCGGAAGCUCAAGUCAGAAAAAGCGAGCAAAGAGCAGGUUGGUACUCUGAUUUAACCGUUUGUAUUUAAGGUGAUGCCAAGCUAGCUCAGUACAUGCGGCGAGCAGCAUGUCCAUUCAUCAGAGUAGAGAUCUGACAGCCUGAAAAACACAAGAUAAACUGUUUUCAUUCAUUCUGCAUGACUGUGAGAAACCUCCACACAAAAUCACGUCAAACUGUCUCUCAGAAUGUAUGUAAACCUGCCUACACUUGGCUUACUACUGUUUUUAGUCUGCACCUCACAUGUCCCCAUAUUUUCCGUAUUCACCAAGCUCUUGUUCAAUAACCUGUUAUUUCCAAAACCUUACAUUUUACCUUUCAACACAUACGCCGAAUUCUCGAAAGAUACAAACACUGCAUUUAAGGACUCGAUUAUAUUUUAAAGUCAUUAAUUGUGUACCGAUACUCAAACCAAUAUUAAAGUGCUCUUUAUGUGAACCAUAUUUGGUAUAGCUCUAAAACUGACCCAAACGGCUACAGUAGCUGUUUGGCUCACUACCAUGGCCAUCAAAUCUUCAUGAUAACAGCUUUCUGUAGGGAAGGACAGUCUAUAAAACCAAACAUUCAACCGCAUUAUGUUCAGUUUAGUAGAGCAGUCUAGCUAAUUGCUAAUUUGGAGUCCGUUAAUUCAAUUGAAGUGGAUAGGUGUUACAGCGUAACGAGUGACCCUGUUAUCCGGUGACAGUAGCCAAAUGCGUCGGUCGUUUUAGAUCCAGUUGCUGUUGAAACGGAGAGACCAUGCGUUGGAAAUUACAUAACAAAAUUACAGACACAAGAAUGUAAAGAUCUCACGAAUAUAUAAUUGUCUAUUUAAAGGGAUAAUAUAAAAAGAACAUGUUAGGGUAUCUGUUAUGAUACAUACGUAAACCGCUGACGCACUCGGCUAAAAGUUGCCUGUUAACAGGGUCGCUUGUUUUACCGUAACAUUGGUUCGCUUUCGCUUCUCAGAGCUAUCAUAGUCUUAUGACAAUUUUAAGGUUAUCUGACUGAAUCAGAGGGUAGCUUUGUAUGCCAGCCUGCGUUAUAAACAAUUAUUUCAUAAAACGUUUUAAUUUAGAUUUCUCUUGUGAUAAUCCUAAGCGUGCUAGGGUAGCUGAUGCAAUAAUGUGCCCGGUGAAAUGACGCUAAAGUUAGCAUCUUGUUCGUUACUUUCAAUUUGGCUACCACAGGGAGGCUUGGGGCUUCUUAGAUCUGGUCUAGAUAUUCCUUAACGAGGCUACAGAUAGUUAGGAAUAUAGUUGUCGGGGGGUGAAACAUUUGUGCUAUACGUGAAAAUGCAAGAAAGGGGCAGUUUGUAGAGGUGAAAAAAAGUAGUGGAGCUUCUUUGGUUUUUGCUUUUUUCAUUAAUGAAAUAAAGGCUUUACAGAGCUGAAACCAUGUUUUAAGAAGCUAGUAGACUUUUUCGAUAAUCUUUUCCAGAUCUGACAAGUGUUUCUGUUCUGGAUCAGGACCUCAGCUCAGCCAAAUCAGGAGCUGCAAAUAAGAUGCUAACUUCAGUGCCAUCCUAGUGAACAGAGGCAGUAGUACACCGAAAAAUGACUGGAUCCCUUUGACAGCAAACUAGAGUGAAGUGUGUGUGUGUGUGUGUGUGUGUGUGUGUGUGUGUGUGUGUGUGUGUGUGUGUGUGUAGUUGUGUAGGUGUGUUGGAUGCAUGUUUGUGUGGGCUGUGUUUGGCUCUCUGCUUUGAUUGACUUGCGACAUCUCGUGUUCUGUCCUCCACGCUGUGAUGAUGAUGAUGAUGAUGAUGAUCGGUCAUGCCCCGCCCUCCCCUAGUGCUAGGGUUGCUUACCACUUUUCUCCUGUUCUUCCUGCCUGACCCUGGAUGACCCCGGUCUGCCUCAUCCUCCAUCAUCACCAUUGAUGCUCCUGGACAUCAUUGCUGCACUACCUUCGUGGCUGUCCUUCUACUGGCUGUUGUGAUUGGCUGCUGUGGCCGGUCCUGGACAAUACCUCUGGAUAUAACUUUACCCACAAUGCACUCCUGAACAUUUAUUUGUCUGUUUUUUGAACCUACAUUUUUGACCCUCAUGUUUUUGUACCCUUGGUACUGUGGGACCAAAAUGUUGGGCAUGUUUUGUGCUCGUGCUUUUUCUCUGGCGGGUUGCCGGACUGCAACACGUGCCCGAUCUCUGCACGUUUUCCCUGGGAUGACUGUGGCUCAGGUAGGCCUUGGGUGCUGUGUGCAUUUGUGUGCGAUAAUUCUUGUCGUAAAAAACAAUCUGCAGUUUUUCAUGUUUAUUCCCAGAUGUUGACGAAUGCAGGUUCACACUUAGAGCAGAUGUUCACCCAGCUUGUAUUUGUCUUUCAGAUUGAUGAAGAAGUUGCCAAGCUGCUGGAGUUGAAAGUCAAGUUAGGAGGAGAUGAAGGCAAACAUCAGUUUGUCCUCAAAACGGCAAAGGUAGGACCGAAGAGCUGCUGCUUCCUAACACACACAAACAUUGUCCACACAGCACUUCCAGAAAAUACAGAAUUAAAGGACUACUUCGUCUUUUUGGGGCAGUGUUCAUUUUGUCAACAAAAAUGAAGAUGACAACUUUUCAUUGACACACAAGUUUUUCGUGACUUAAUAGACGCUGUUAUAAAAAGUAAGCAAACUGACAAGCAGAGUUAUUGCAAAAAUUCUGUUCAUAAGUGCUCUGAGGAUUAUAUAAUGGCAAGACAAGAUUCUUGCUCUGUUCAGGCGGACAACCAGCUACAUCACUGUUUGUUUUAAUUUCUAAACCAAUCAUUUAUUUGCAUUAAGUGUGCUACAAUUCUCAUAGCCUCCAUUCAUCUUUUUCAGGUUACAAAAGGUUACAAAAACCUGUCACAGUGAGAAAAAAUGAAGCCCCCUCAGUGUCUGUUCAGGUUAUAGUAGCAAAUCUCAACAGAACCUCUGAUGUUGAUUUGCAAACUGUGUUACUUAACAGGCUACUAACUUUAACAGAGCCAAGCUAGGCGACUGUAACUGUCUCCCUCCUAAAAUCUCAUGUAUGAUGCCUCCAAACUGAUCUUCAGAAACUGAAUCAGGGGGACAGGGAUAUAGCUACAAAUGUAGAUUGUAGACCUAGCUGAGUCAAACCACAUAGAUAUAUCAGUGUAUUUUAAAGGAUUCUGAUUCUAUAUCAGGAUGACUCAGAUUUUUAGUUUUUUAGUUUUAAUUUUCCUCAAAGAUCUCCUGAUUACUUCAAGACUUUUGUAACACAAGUCGCUACUGAGUACACAUUGCUGUUGUGUUUAGGGUAGAAUGACAUUUUUCAAACAAAAUAUUAAAUUGACACGAUGUGAAGUAAAUGAGAAGAUAUUUCUUUCUAUCAACGAAAUGCUCUAUUUUGUGACUACGCAAUUUUCUUUUGUUGUCAAUUUUUUGACACUAUGAGAGAUUUGACAGGAAUUGCUGCUUCACUAAGAGACUGGAGACCUGACCUGGACUAGCAAAAAGUGACUUGUGCCUGUCUCUGAGAUCACCUCUGACUGAACAGGGUAAAGUUAUCUCCACAGUCAAGACUGACAACUUUCUUUUUCAGGGGACGAGGGACUACAACCCCAAACAGAUGGCCAUCAGAGAGAAAGUCUUCAAUACCAUCAUCAGCUGCUUCAAACGCCACGGAGCCGAGACCAUCGACACACCUGUUUUUGAGCUGAAGGUAAAUUUUCACACAAACUCUAACAUAGUUAGAAUUUUCAACCGACUCACACGUUUUAAUUUUGUUUUAUAGGAAACAUUAACAGGGAAGUACGGAGAAGACUCCAAGCUCAUCUACGACCUGAAAGAUCAAGGAGGAGAGCUGCUGUCCCUCAGAUAUGACCUGACUGUAUCCUUUUGUCACCUGAGCAGCAGGUGAAGGCACUGCUCACAUUUGGCCUUAACUAGCUGCUCUACGAAGUUUAGGAAUGUAAGCGAUGGGAUCCAAAUAGAGCAGAGAGCACUUUCGAACAGGUUUUCCUUAGUUUCUAUCCUGAAUAAAAGCAAAAAGUGUUUUUUUGUCCUUGACCUGCCCUCUCUCAGGUGCCCUUCGCCCGCUACCUGGCGAUGAACAAAAUAACUAACAUCAAACGUUACCACAUCGCUAAAGUCUACCGCCGUGAUAACCCCGCCAUGACCCGUGGGCGUUACAGAGAGUUUUACCAAUGUGUGAGUCAUCCUGGGCAAUUUUUUUUCUCACCUGUUGCAUCAUCUGCAAACGUACCUGGUUUUUAAUUACUAUUGAAAGGAAUAAAAUGUUUGUGUUUCAGGAUUUUGACAUUGCAGGACAGUAUGACGCCAUGAUUCCAGACGCUGAGUGUCUGAGGAUCGUCCAUGAAAUCCUGAGUGAGCUGGACCUCGGAGACUUCCGUAUCAAGGUUUGUCACUUUCAUCAGCUUAAAUUACAGGUGACACUUUUUGGGCUGCUCUUAAAGGAGACCAAACACAACACUCUCAUCAUCAGGCAGGCGCGAGUGAAGUGGAGGCUCAGGCUCAGUGGAGCCAAGAUAAUAAAACUAAAAUUUUUAUCAAAUCAGAAUUAAAACUAAUGACUUUCAUCAUACAACAAUAUGUUUAAUUUUGUAAUACUUUUGUCUCAUAAUUUUUUACUUUUUGAUACAGUUUUACCGUUUCACAUCUGAAUACAGUAUAUAUAACUUAUCCUUUCACUUUUUCUAUGUCAAGAAUUGAACAUUGUUUUGUUUUAAGAAAAUUUUUAUCAUAAUUUUGACUCUGAGUUAACCAAAAGAGGAUUAGGGCCACAUGAAGAGAAAAGAAUAAUAACAAGAAGGAGAUUAAUCUCAAAAUUUUGAGAUUAAUGACAUAAUUUUAAUUUUUUAAUCUCGAAAUUUUGACUUUAAAGUUGGAAUUUGAAGAUUAAAAUUGAAAUUUUGAGAUUAAAAUGGAAAUUUCAAGAUUAAAGUCGACAUGAAUUAAGUCGAAAUUUCGAGAAAAAAAAUGAAAUUUGGAGAUUAAAGUUGAAAUUACAAGAAUAAAGUUGACGCAAAUAAAGACGAAAUUUUAAUGAAUAAAGUCGUAAAGUUGAGAUUAAUGAUGAUGAAUCAGCAGCAUUGCCGCUCGUCACAUGACAACAUGUCCUCUGUAGAACAGUGUGUAAAGCUGUACUUUAGAAUUGGAUUUAGUGACAAGGAAAUCUUUGCUCUUUUAGCACACAAACACAGUGUGGUCAUAAGUAUUUGGACUCUCAAAAGACUAUGUCGAAGAUUAUGAUGCAGAUGCAGGGUUAUCGAUGGUUAAACCUGUGUGCUAUACAGCGAGGCUGUAUGUUGUAUUGCAAGAUACAAUGAGACAACUGAUCAAGUUGAUUGAUCCUGAAGGGGUGGAGCACAAAUGAGCCCGGUGUCUGAGGUGCAGGCAUUGCCGAAGUCGAGGACCUGAUGCACUCUGGCACAUGGAUGGCUAUGACUAAUUUAAGCCAGACAGCAUUUGAUUUCGACUUUUUAAAAUUUCGACUUUAAUCUCGUAAUGGAAAUUAAAAAAUAUCUCCUUCCUGUAAUCACUAUCUCAUUAGUCUUUGCAGAUUAUUUUGCAGUUUUGAUAUUUUCAUCUCAUAAUUUUGACCCACUCUAUCAGAUAUAUUUUUAGUGACUGCUUUUAGUAAAUAUUUAAACUCUCAGUCUCAUCAUUUUAACUUUUAAUAAUUAAAGAUAACGAUGGUUGUAUAUUUUUCCUUUUUAAAAUCAUUAAUACUGGAAUUUUUACAUUUUGGAAAAUGUCUCUCAAAGAGCCACUUCAUCAUUUUUAAUAGCUAUAGAAUUUAAUAGCAUGUUAUUAUUGUAGUUUGAUAUUUUCUCAUCUUUGUGAAUGAUUGAGAGUUUGUGUAAAAUAGUUAAAGGCUUCAGGUGAACACCAGCUCAACAUAAAAGCUUAGGUGACAGCUUAGGUGUCUUGAGUGGAGCAAUCAAAAGCUUAAGAGAUUUGUCUCUUGUGGUUUUAAGAUAGUCCAAUCAUUAUCAGGUAUUGUUUUGGUAAUGACUGGUUGAUGAGGAGAAAGUUGCCAGCCCUAAAAACUCUUGGAUCAUAAAUUGUAGGCGUCGUCUUUGUGACCAUAAUCUCUGUUUGCAGGUCAACGACAGACGCAUCCUUGAUGGGAUGUUCGCUGUGUGUGGCGUCCCAGAUGAUAAAUUUCGCACCAUCUGUUCAACCGUGGACAAACUGGACAAGGUGAGGACGCCACCUGCUGAUCACACUCUCAGGUUUUUAGUUCAAGAUUGAAUUUGAAACCUGAUCCUCCUGAUUCUUCGGCAUAAUCUCUGUUCACUCACAGGGCCUGGUGACUGAUUUUCAAAGAGACUCUACAAAGUCACUCUUUGUGUAUUGAGACAACAGGUCUUAGUUUAAAACUGUUAAAUGGGAUUAAAUAUUGAAACAGAAGCUGAAAAAGGGUUUAUAAAAUUAGAUUGGUUGUUUUUAUUUCUGGGUUAAGUCUCAAGUUUGUGUUUUUAGAACUCUGAGGACUCUGUGACAGUAUCAUUGUAGGUUAAAUCCACAUUUAGGCUUUAAAGAAGUUAGAGAUUUUUUGUAUGAAAAUAGCAUCAUAUUCAGUCAAGAGCAAUCCUGGGAAUCUUUCAUCCAGUGUGGGAUUCAGAGGAGAGCUCUAGUGAUCCAGGGUUGGUCCCCAUUGAAAACUCUGUCUCAGACUGUUAACUGAUCUUUGCUGUUUUCUUGACCCUCCUGCAGAUGCCCUGGGAGGAGGUGAAGAAGGAGAUGGUGAAUGAGAAGGGCCUGUCAGAGGAGGCUGCUGAUCAGAUUGGGGAGUACGUCAGUAUGCAGGGUGAGACUUUUUUUCUCCAAACUCACACCAAAUGUGACACUCAGACAGAAACUACUCACACCUCUGUCCACAGAGCGGAUGUCCUCGUAACAGAGUGUCUUGACCCCAUGAAUAACAGCUGGCAGGCAAAAACUGGUCCAGAUCAGUGUUCACAUCGACAUAGGAUGUGUCUCUUUCUCUGUUAUCUAUGACAGAUCACACAGAUGCUUCUCAGGUAUAGUUAUAUCAGGUAUACAGAUAUUUAUCAAAUAUCUGUUUACCUGUGUAAUUGACCUACUUACUGAAUUUUUCCUCCCCCCAAGUACAAGGGGGUUAGUAUGUUGGAAAAAAAGUCACCUGCAUCUUCAUUCGAAGGACCCAUAAAGCCUGUCUCAGAGGGCCAGUGGAAAUCUUAAAACUCCUGUAGUACUGGCUUUAUUGACUCUGAAAACUUGCAGUUCCCUUUUCCCCACACAGGAAAUCGGAAAUAAGGUACUUGGAUUUGAUAAGCACAUUGGCACUGCUAUUGUUAAAAUUAGUGUUGUCAAACAAUUAAAAUGUUUUAAUCAGAUUAAUCGUGAUAAUAGAUUAAUCUACGAUAAUGCGUUAAUUUUGACAGAUCCAGUAAAAAUUGAACCAAUUCUCAUCUCUUUCUCCGGCCACUCAUGCCCCUCCAUCAGGUCUUUGGGGCAUGCCACAAACUUGAUGAGUCACCGUUUUAAGGCAUGUGUCAUCAUUUACCAAUAUAUUUGAAUAUAACCAACUGACCCACCAACUACUGGCCAGCUGUUUUGACCUCUUUAUUUAGUUUCCCCUUUUUUAAUCACUUCUAGAUAGAUGUUUUCUUCAGUUCUGAGUUAUUUUGCAUGCAUGCAUGCGAACCUUUGCAGGGUAUCAACAGUGUGAAUACUUUCAAAUGAGGCUUCCACAGGGAGGUUUCUUCUGUCCUUUGGUGUGGUUUCAUUUGUCAGCUUUCAGGUGCCGCCUAUUUGUCUAGGAUCAAAAACAGUUGCUUGCCUUUCCUUUAGACAAGCAGCAUCAUGUGCAAGUUAAAUGAAUGAAAUUGUUAACAUUGUGUUACCAUUUCAUAUAUGGCAUUGCUCCUUGUUUGUAUUAUAGCACCCCCUAGAGUCCCACAGGGACUGUAGUUCAGACAUGCACAGUGGGCGAGGGGUGGGACGUUGGUUUUUGGGGAAAAACUGUUUGGUGUAACGGUUUGGAAUAAAGAGUUAGCAAAAGGAUAUAAAUGUGUUUUUUAUUGAACAAUAGUAAUCAGAAAUUAGGAUUGUGAUUCAGCUGUCUCUGUGCAUACCGAAAGUCAUGACCUUGGACAGUGUUUCCCUGAACCUCCAUAAUCAGUGAUCCUAGACUCUAUUUGAGUGAGGACGAAAGGUCACAACUCAGAGCAAAAAAUGUUUAGAUAUGGUGGAAAAUGGGAUCCACAGACCUCACAGUGCUCUGUGUGUGUAAACGGGAGUCUCUUCCUUCUGUAGGGGGGAAGGACCUGGCAGAGCGCCUCCUUCAGGACCAGAAAAUGUCCCAGAGUAAGCAGGCCUGUGCUGGUCUGUCCGACAUAAAGCUGCUCUUCAGCUACCUGGAGCUCUUCAAGGUCACAGACAAGGUGAGACGUGAUUUUACUCUUAAUCCUGAAACUUUUUUCAACAUCAUGAAGGAUCACGUUUUUAUUCAUGUCUUCAACUCUCUCUCUCUUUUCCUCCCUCCCUCAGGUGGUGUUUGACCUCAGUCUGGCCCGAGGUCUGGACUACUACACAGGAAUAAUUUAUGAGGCUGUGCUGACUCAGGCAGGUGUGGCCCUGGUGUGCACUGACGCCCAAAACGGGGCAGAGGAGAGCGUGAGCGUGGGCAGCGUGGCCGGAGGGGGGCGGUAUGAUGGCCUGGUGGGCAUGUUUGACCCCAAAGGAAGGAAAGUGCCAUGUGUGGGUGUCAGUAUCGGCAUUGAGAGGAUCUUCUCCAUCAUGGAGCAGAAGGCAGAGGUGACAUGUCGGCUGUUAUUAGAUGAUAAAGUAACAAAUAGCCUGUGUAGAUGUUUGUGUUGUAACUGUUUGUGUUGUUCAGGCCUCAGCAGAGAAAGUUCGCACCACAGAGGUCCAGAUCAUGGUGGCGUCUGCGCAGAAGAACCUGCUGGAAGAGAGACUCAAACUGGUCUCAGAGCUCUGGAAUGCCGGCAUCAAGGUAAGUGUGUUUAUGAACUUCCGUGUUUUUAAACCUCCAUGUUUGUCUGUUAUCUUGUAUAGUGGCUGGGAGGUGUCAAAGUUCAUAUCUAGAAUGCUAUGCAAAGGAAAAACACCACUGCAUCGGUAAUUGUUGCAUCAUUGGGAACACAAGCAUGUCUGAAUUGCAGCAAAAUUCACAACAGAAUUAGAUAUAAAUGCUGCCUCUGUUUCCUACAGUCAUUUCCCACAGACAUUUGACGAAAUCAGGGAAUAAAGUUUUAUAGUUCCUCUAUUGUAACUAUCAAUAUGUGACCGUCAAAAAAAAAAAAAAAAGAAUAAAAAUAAAUAAAUAAAUAAUAAUAAUAAUAAUGCAUCAGAUUUUAUAGCACUUUAUCAGAGACCCUCAAAGCACUUUACACUGGAAACAUCAUUCAUUCGCUCACACAGUCACACCUUGGUGAUGGUAAACUACCUUAGUAGUCACAGCUGCCCUGGGGUAGACUGAUGCUGCCAUUUUGCGCCUACAGCCUCUCCAAACACCAUCACACAACACUCACAAUCAUACACCAGUGCAGGACACACACUGAGAGCAAGGUGGGUUCAGUGUCUUGCUCAGACAGAAUGGACAGAUUAGGGAUAGGGGAAAUCGGACUGCUAACCUUCCAGUUAUUGAACGACUGCUCUACCUCCUGAGCUACUGCUGCUGCAUUGUCUUUAUAUAAGAUUAAUCCACCAUCUAAGGUUACAGGCUGUAAUAAAACAGCUAUGCAGUAACAUAUGCAUCACUUUAGGGCUGCAGCUAUUGAAUAUUUUAGUAAUUCUACUUAAUGUUCCAUCGAUUAAUCAAAUAAAACAUAAUUUUUUUUAGUUAAAAGUGCAAUUAUCGCGGAACAAACGUGUGCAUUAGUAGAUCUCAAUGCUUGUAAGAAAGCUAAUAAGGAUAUUAGCUUUCAUUGUGUCUCUAAAGACAUUAGUGUCUAAGAGCUGAAUAGCUUCUAUGUUACCUUCUACUUCUACUACACUGCCAAUGUUCGGCUACAAGCUAGUGUGAAGAGGAGUCUGCAGAGCUGUGCUGUCUCCGCCCACGACUCAGAGGUGAAUUGCUAAUGAGCUACUGGAGCUUUGCAGAAGAAAAGCUCCCCUCAAUAUUUAUUUUUUUCGCUCCGCAAAACCAAAACCGCACUUACUCCCCCUUCCACAGUGGUGACGUAAGCGUGUUGUGUCACCUUGAAAAUAAUUAGAGCGAAACAGUGACGAUUUGAGCUUAUAAACGAGUCCUCGAGGCAGAGAGAAUUCCUUGAUCAUUUUUUUGUAAUUGCUGUACUCGAGGAAUCGUCUCAGCCCUACAUCACUUGAUUUAGCCAUCAUUAGCCCAUCAGAUAGGCUGAAUCCCUGUUGGAGACAGUAGUAUUCUGGACUAAAGUUACAGUCAAAGUAGAUUAAAUGGGGGGUCCUUCUCUCUCCAGGGAACCACUCACAGUUUAGCCCAGAUUUUUUAAAAUUAAAUUAUACUGUAGUCCUGUUAAGGUAUUUUCUAGACAAAUCAAGUGGUUAUUUCUACAAUAGAAAUGAAUUACUAGUAGAGACCAGCUGAUGGAGCUGUAGUUUUUAUGUCCCGCUUCUUCCUCCAACCAAAACACUAUUUUACCUCACUCAUGAAUCAUCUGAGCUUUUUUCAAGGGUAUCCAGUACGUAGCAGCUCUAAGUUGUAUAUCAUUUUGAAGUAGACAUUAUGGACAGCUUAAUGACUCCUUAAUGUUUCUUCUCUGUGUUCUAUUCAACUCUGAUAAUCAAGUGUGCACUACAACAGUGAAACCUGAAAGUCAAGAGAGCUGUCAAUCAUGGUGUUUUCCCCCCUUUUUCAAACAUCUGAUCGUUAAACCAAACUGUCAACAUAAGAAAGGGAACACUUGGACAUCAGUUUGAUAACAGCUAACUAUAAUAACAGAAACAAUGUCUGAGACAUGUUUAAGUAAACAUUUGUACUUGUGUGUUUUUAUAUCAGUUUUCUGAUCUGUGUUUUUUUGUUGUUGCAACUUUUAGUUCCAAUUUUGUGUGUGUGUUUGUUCAGGCAGAGUUGAUGUACAAGAAGAACCCCAAACUGCUGAGUCAGCUGCAGCACUGUGAGGAGACUGGGAUCCCCCUGGUGGCAAUACUGGGAGAACAGGAGCUGAAGGACGGAGUGGUCAAACUGCGAGUGGUGGCUACCAGAGAGGAGGUAUGACUUAAAUAAAAAACAAAUUCAUUCAUACUCACACACACACACACACACACACACACACACACACACACACACACACACACACACACACACACACACACACACACACACACUCACACAGGCAACAUAUGAUAAUAGAAAGUUAGCUUUAUGGUCCUAUACAAUUAUACAAUACAUUAGAUCAGACGACCAGAAAAGGGGGGCUGUCGUCUGACAUGUUUUUCCAAAAACUGAAUUAUGAAGUUAGUCUGACGGAAACUGGACUUUUGAAAUAUCUGACUGAAAUCACACCAAACUGAACUCCUCAUAGGCAGACCAGCAUACAGAGAUAAUGCAGUUGGGAAUUGAUUUGUCAUGUAAACACCUCCAUCAGACUCAAACUGACCAAAGUGUUAUGAGCAUUGGCCAUAGUUUGCAUGUUGUCUUAUGACCCUUAGAAAGCCAGUAAUAAACAAAGCCUCAGCAGAAGAAGUGGGAAUGUGAAAAAAGGUACAAAGAUGUAAAAAGUCAGUGUUGUCACCGUUUGACGUACAGCCGGAUGACUUGUUCAUUGAUUGUUUUGGUGCCUGAUAAAUGUGAUUUUACUAAUCCUUCUGUUAGUUUUUGACUUUUGCUCAGUGCUCCAGUUAAAGCCCCUGUGAAGGACUUUGGGUUUGUUUUCAGGCAUUAAAAAUCACAAUAUAAAACUGUCAGCUUUGUUGCUGGUGGUCCACUCUGUUUUUCUAAACCAUAAAAAGGCUUAAAAUAAUUAUAAUUAAAAUAAUUUUCAGUCUUUCCAUUAACAUUAAAAAAACUCCACAUUGGAGCUUCCAUUGUUUUAUGUUUUAUGUAAUGUUAAGUGUGUCUGUCUCCCUCUUUUCUCCACAGGCUGACAUUUCCAGAGCAGACCUCAUUGAUGAGAUCAGAAGGAGGACAUCUGAGGUCUAGUCACUCCUCCUCUGCUGCUUCAUCCACUCACCUCUCUCUCUUACACACACACACACACACACAUACAUACAUACAUACAUACAUACAUACAUACAUACAUACAUACAUACAUACAUCGUACAUACAUAUAAAUCUGCAGCCUUCUAAACAGACUCUGUGGUGCGGUCUUCAAGAGUGCAUGUUGGACAUCCUGCAUCCCUGAAAACACACAUCUAUCUUCGUUCUCGUAUCAGCCACACAGACUGGUGUUGCUCAUGUUGCACUGGCUGUUACGAGAGCAGUGAAGCUAUCUGGACCAGAUGACAUUCUCUAAAGGGAACACUGUAACCAGAGAAAACAUGGUGCGGUUCACAAAGAAUUACAUGAAGUUCUGCCAUUUUGGACUCCCUGAAAUCUCAGUAAUUUAUCCUGAAUGCAAGAUGAAGUGCACACUUAGAAGAUCAUAAAUGUUUUGGUGAAGCUUCUUUUCUUUUAUCCAACUGUGUCUGAGUAAAACCAAAGUAAAACAUCAUCUUAGCUCAAACUAAACCUUGAGUUUCCUAAACCGAACAGAGAUGCACCAAUAUUGAUCAGUAUCUAUCUUUGUCCGUCUUUAUCGCUCCCAUUCACUGCUUCAAUGCUGGUUUACCCAACAGUUGAUUCAGUGAAGGGUAUUUUCACAAGUCAGAGGGAGCCACUUGGUUUGUUUUCAUGGGAGCAUUUGAUCAUCUCUGAGAAAGAUCAGCCACCCCUGCACAUACCUGGUGGUGUUUCCUGUGAUUUUGUCUGAUUUCAAUCACAUCUUUAGCUCUGGUGGCCUGCUGAGUGUUGAUCGACAGGUAGGUUAAAGUCAUUUAGAAAGCUACAGGGCGUCCUGUCCUCUGUGUCAGCUGGGAAGUUAAAAGUCGAAACGUCCUCAGUGUGAAGUUAGAGUCAGACUGAGCUCUCCUGCAGCUCUCUGAUCUUUGAAUUGAAGAAAUAAGAGCUUCAAUAGAAUGUUUUUGUUAGAGUUUUGUUACUUUAUCCAAAUGACAAUGAAAGCAUUCUUAAGGCCUGUGACGGCGUGCACUUCAUGCAAGGAACCAUCCAGAAUAAAUGUCUGAUUUUUAAAGGAGUCUCCUGUGGCUUUCUGGUUUGCCUGUAGUACAAAAGACGACUGUUGUUGGCCAAACUAUUAGAGUGCAAUAAGCAAAGAAAAACAUGAGUUUUGACAAAAAUAUAACUUCAAUAAAAAACAACAACAAAAAAAUUAACUUUGUUGUUGCAGCGCUCCCUCAGAAAUACUUCAUCUGUGCAGGAUGAAAAAUAAGUCAGAUUAUGUUAAACUUACAGUUAAACUCUUAUUUUGAUCUGUAUCAAACAUGCCUGUGUACGUCAAAGUGUCUGAAAUAAAUACAUUUGACUCCACACUGGGGAAAAAAAAAAUACCACUGUGUCAACUGUUUUUACACACA